AACCAAAAGAAGAAGAAGAAGAAGACGCGAGCGGGAAUAUGGCGAAAGUGCUCACUAAUAUUUGUUGUGGUGAAUCUGUUGUUAACAGAUGGGUCGUGGAUUUUUAUUGUUCUCUGGCGCUGGAGUUCUUUAAAAAUGAUAAAUACAAGGACUUCUGCGCUAUCACAACUGUACUUGAUAGUGUUUUGAUACGUCCUUUGGAGUCCACCAGUGACAUGUCCUUAAAGAUUAGACUGUUGCAGCUUCUCUCACGUGUAAAUGAGGGCGAAAAACCUGAAAUGCAGUUUGAAGCUGAUAAUGUAGUGUCUCCUCUGGAGUCAGCCUUAAUUUUGCUGGAAAAUAUGAUUAAGGAAUUUGGUUGGACAGCAGGUUAUCAGAAUGUGCACAUUUCACUUAAAGAGAUGGCUGUUGGAAUUCUCAUCAUGAAGAACAAAUUUGAUCAAGCAAAAGAGGUGCUUAACAAAUACUUUCCUAAAGAUGCAGGUGGAAAGAGAGCUGUUUUCAUGGACCUCAUCCGUAAGGAGAGUCAAGAACAUGAGGUCAUCAAGCAAAUGAACUUCCAUCAGUUCAAGGAGGUCAUGCUGAAUUUUUGCAUAAAGCUGUGUAAAUUUAGUGAGCCCUUUCUCUACAAGGCUGCAGAGAAACUUGUCAGUACAAGACUUAUGGUAACAGAUGACCAAGAAGCCCACGCAGCUACGGUUGAUGAGUGCGAAGAACCCGGCCCAUCUUCCACUCCACAAAUGGUCACUGUCCACGUGAGACCAUGUAAACACGCACUGAUCCAGAGGGCCAGACUAGCAGCAGCCUUCAAUGACAUGGAUGCGUCUAAAGAUGAAAAAUCAUUUGCUCAGUUGGAGGAAGAAGUGGAGGCAGAAAGCCAGGAAAUGGAGGAUAUUUCCUCACAGCACUCAACUGAUCAUGACAGCGGCGAUAACCUGAACUCAGAGAAGGAUGGGCUGUAUCACAGAGACUCGUGCAGCCACAUGGAGGCUUCCCCAGUAGACCAGCCACCACAGACAGACGCUGGAACUCAAUCAAAGGCAGAUUUCAUCUUGAAGGUACCCUACACUGUAGCACGGCUGGUGGUAGAACCAGACAGUCAGCCAAGCUCACAUUGCAUCACAGCUCCAGAGGAAUCGGAAACAGAAGUCAGAACAGAAAAGCCACCACAGAAGAAGGCUGCAUCCAGUAAAAAGUAUAUCAAAGACAUGGAAUGCCCAGUUACAGAGAAAGAAGUUUCCAUACCCAUCCGUAAGCAUCCCAAGCAAACAAGCAGUGUCACCAGAGCUUCAGCUAGUGUGGCUGAGUGCUCCACAGACAGUGAGGAUGUCUCCGGUGACUCUGCUGCCAACAGGAAAAAUGAUGACGCCCUCAGUAACCAGUCAAACGGAUCAUUAAGCGGAAUCCUCAACAAGUCAAGACAGAUGUCAUCAGAGAGCGAAGAAAACACACAGAAGCUGUUACCCCCCUGCCAAACGCCAGUGCAGAGACACCGCAAACAACCGUCCAGGAGUCCCACCAGCAAUGAUCCAGGUGAUGCAGAUGACAUGCAUAUCACAGACUGUUCAUCAGACCAUUUGCCCAGACUGUCCCCUCAACACUCGGCCCCUCAGAAGAGCUCCACUCCUCAUAAGGACUCUACUCAUGACAAGGGUCUUCCAAAAUUUAUGUCGCUUUUUAAUAAUGUAACGGAGAGUAAGGCCACAUGGGAUGAUGAGGACUCCUAUUUCCCCACCAAAAGCACAGGAUCAAAUGAGAGCAGCCUUUCAAAUUCAGGCAACAGGAAGAGGAGGUGGACCGAAAGCGAGACCCAGAAAUUGAAAGAAGGGGUCAAGAAGUUUGGAGAGGGUAACUGGCGAAAAAUCAAAGCCUACUACUCCUUCAAAGACAGAACAAACGUAAAUCUUAAAGAUCGAUGGAGAACCAUGAAGAAGUUAAACAUGGUCUGAUUUUUAUCAUUUCAUUCUCUUAACCACUUUUUUUGUUUCCUAUUGAAUUGUUUUAUUUCUAGUUCCAUGUGUUAAGUUCAGUACAUUUAUUUUGAGUUUAAAACAAGUUGUCUCUAAUAAAGAGAAAAUGUGCCUAAA